CAGGCCAUUAUUAAGAAAAUAUAUCACUCGGUGCAACCAGGCAUGGACUGCAGAAUAGAGCAUGCAGAAACCGACAGGAAUAAGUGUGCAGCUUGCUUCAGACAGUUCAACAGAAUGGAUCACCUUGUGGAGCACAUGAGGAUCUCACAUCAUUCGGCUCACGAACCCACUUGUGGCAUUUGCAGGAAGCACUGCAGGUCCUUUGAGUCUCUGAGGGAACACCUUAUGGGUCCAUUGCCAAAACAGGAAUGCAAAGAAAUUUUUGGCAACCGAGGAUGCAGAUUUUGCUUGAAGGUCCUUGACAGCCCUUAUGCUCAAAGGAUUCACCAAGAGAGAUGUCAGCUUUCUGGAAAUGCUGGACUAAUUAAUCGUUUUUCAAACCUGGGGAUCCGUGAUAAUUUGAGUAUUGGAAGAGGGCCACAAGUAGUUGCACUUGCUUGCAAAAUGGUCGGAGGUGGCAGUGAUGGCUCACUUGAUCUCUGUGCAAGAGUCUGCAUGAUUGAUGAACAAGAAAACAUCAUAUUCUAUUCCUACGUGAAGCCUUCAAUUCCUGUCACAAACUUCAGGUAUGAGACAACAGGUAUUCGAUCAGAAUACUUGCGAAAUGCAAUGGCUGUGAGACAAGUGCAGAGGAAGAUCCAAGACUUCCUCUGCAAUGGAGAACCCAUGUGGAAGAUUCGACCUAGGUUUGGUAGAGCCAGGAUUCUCGUGGGUCAUGGUUUAGAUCACGAUUUGGAAUGUUUGCAGAUGGAAUAUCCAGCAGAAAUGACGAGGGACACUGCAAAAUACCCUCCAUUGAUGAAAACGAGCAAGCUCAGCAACUCCCUCAAGUACUUGACACAAGCGUAUCUCGGGUAUGAAAUCCAAACAGGGGUUCAAGAUCCAUACGAGGAUUGCGUGGCAACGAUGAGGCUGUACAUGAGGAUGAGAUCUCAAGUACACAAAAAAGAGAAACACGCUUUGGCUUCAGAACCUCAAAAUAAGAACAACUUUGCUUCGUGGAGGCGAAAAGAACUAGAGAGAAUGAACCCUGAACAAAUGCUGGCAAUUUCCGAGUCCGACUAUUACUGCUGGUGCUUAGAUUCCAUCUAGUUAUGUCUUCGUCAGAAGCAUUAUGUCUGUAUAAGUAGCUAGGUUUUAUAUACUACUCCCUCCGUCUUAAAUUAUAAGUUACUUUUAAAUAUAAUCUUACAUAUCAAUACAAUUUAUUAAAUUAUAAGUUACUUUUAAAUAUAAUCUUACAUAUCAAUAUAAUUUAUUAAAUAUAUUUUAUAACCUUAUUUUUCAAGAUAAAAAUAUAAACUUUUUAAAAAUAUCCUUCAUUUAAUACUUCAUUUAUAAAAGAAUAUUGAAAAGAGAGAAUACAUGAGAAGGAUAAUAUUGAAAAAAUAUUAUUAAUAAAAUCUUAUUUUUAUUAAAAGUGUUUUAUAUUUUGAGAUGUUAAAUUUUUUCCAAAAAUAUAUUAUAAUUUGGGACGGAGGAAGUAAUUAUUAUAUCUGUAUAAGUACAAUAUAUGGGGUGAGCAUGACGAGUUUAGGAGCAUUAAGUAUGUAAUUCCGAAUAGAAUCUGAAUGGGGAAAGCCAGCUGGUUGUUUGAGAUUUGAUGAGCAUUUUUCGACAGGAGAUGGAAAGUAAACAUGUAUGGUAAUGAAGGAUAUUAACGUUACCUUGAUCUAAUUUUAAGAUUACAAAAAAGAUAUGGAAUGUGUAUAGAGAGCUUAUGGAAUAUGGAAAAGCGUGAAAAGUUAAUUUUUGUUGAAGUAUAUAUUCAUUAAAGGGAAUCAAGAUAAACUAGGAAUUUGACUUUUCUCCGACAAAAGGCAACCACAUUUGGCGAAAAUGAGUGCAUUUUUAUUUCCUAUAUCUGGUUUACAUAUCUAGCUCUCAUGAAAGAAGAUUCUCAUUCUUUUUUGUUUUCUGACAUUUUAUAAGACAAGUCAAUUGAGUUCGCUCUCCAGAAUUUGAGGGAAUGACAAUUUGGCACCGGUGUAUCAAUUUAAUUACAGUUUAGCAAAGCUUGAUUGCCUCAAACUCAAACUUCAAAUA